ACAAUGUCCAACAGCAUAUUUAACCCUUAAACAGGCAAUGUGCACCACGGGAUACGCUCUCUUCAGUGUCUUGUUUGGGGCAUAAAAAAGAUUUUUCAAUCAAAUCCUUAUAUCACUUAUCAAACCUUGGUCUGUCUUGAAUAUGUGGGUAACAUUAUUUGCUUCAAGUUUUUUUUUAUCAAUUGGUCAGCCUGACCUAAAUCCAACAUGGCCACCGGUUUUGCAGGACAGUCAGAUUGUGUGACACGAUGGCUUUAGUAUCAGCAGACACAAAAAUUGCAGAGUUACUUAACGAGCUACAUCAACUCAUAAAACAAACUCAGGAGGAGCGAUUAAGAAGUGAACACAAUCUUCUCAACAUCCAGAAGACACACGAAAGGAUGCAGACAGAAAAUAAGACAUCUCCAUACUAUCGGACCAAACUAAGGGGUCUUUACACUACAGCAAAAGCAGAUGCUGAGGCUGAAUGCAGUAUACUUCGACGGGCGCUUGACAAGAUUGCAGAAAUCAAAUCCCUUUUGGAGGAAAGACGAAUUGCUGCCAGAAUGGCAGGUGUGUACAGUGACACCGACCCACCAAGAAAGACCAUGCGCAGAGGUGUUCUCAUGACCCUGUUGCAGCAGUCAGCUAUGACCCUACCUCUCUGGAUUGGCAAACCUGGGGAGAGUCCUCCCCCACUAUGUGGUGCUAUACCAGCAAGCAGUGACUAUGUGGCUAAGCAGGGGGACAAGGUGGCGGCACGCGUGAAGGCUGUGGAUGGAGAUGAGCAGUGGAUUCUUGCGGAAGUGGUCAGCUACAACCACUCCACCAACAAGUAUGAAGUGGAUGACAUUGAUGAAGAGGGUAAAGAGAGACACACGCUGAGUCGGAGGAGAAUUAUCCCUCUCCCACAGUGGAAAGCAAACCCAGAGACAGAUCCAGAGGCUCUGUUCAGUAAAGACCAGCUGGUGCUGGCGCUUUAUCCACAAACCACAUGCUUUUACAGAGCCUUGAUCCACACGCCACCACACCGGCCCCAGGAUGACUACUCUGUGCUGUUUGAAGAUACUUCUUAUGCUGAUGGCUAUUCGCCACCUCUCAAUGUUGCCCAGCGAUAUGUAGUGGCCUGCAAGGAAAACAAAAAGAAGUGACAGAAGGAAACAAAAGCGAAAGAAUAAAAAAUGGAUAAAGAAUAAAAUAUGGAACGUUGUUUGCAAAAAGUAAUGUCAACCGCAUCAUAGUGAUUAUUAUGAUAAGGAGUGAAAAAAAUGUGAACAGAGCAACCAGUCUAUGUUUUGAUGUUUGUUUAUUUUUCUCUGUUGUAAAUAAUGUUGGUAUGUUUUAUACUGCAUCUUUUUGUAUGAUGUUAAUGUGGGUCUAGUUGCACUGCAAGUGAAUUAUGCAGAAAAUAAAACCGUUUUGAAAGUUAUACAAUUAAAAGUCUGUGCUUUAUUAGAG